UUACGAGCGAUUCUAAUUAGAGGAAGAAACAGGAAGCAAAAAUCCAGAUGUUUUCCACAUCAGUCCUUAUCUUCGCUGCUUUGAUUUCCACUGCCCUGGCAGGACCAUGGGCUAACAUAUGUGCCAGCAAAUCUUUCAACGAGAUCCGGACGUGUGACAGCUAUGGCUGUGGACAUUACUCUGCUCAAAGAACCCAAAGGCGUCACCCAGGUGUGGAUGUCCUGUGCUCAGAUGACUCUGUGGUGUAUGCGCCAUUCACUGGGACAAUAAUGGGGCAGGAGAAGCCCCACGGAAACGUAAACACCAUCAAUAAUGGUAUUCGACUAACUGGAAGAGGUUUCUGUGUCAAAAUUUUCUACAUUAAGCCAAUUAAAUAUAGAGGUUGUGUCAAAAAGGGGGAGAAACUGGGCACUGUGCUGCCCCUGCAGAAAGUUUACCCUGGUAUACAGUCACAUGUGCACAUUGAAAACUGUGACUCCAGCGACCCAUCUGCGUACCUGUGAGCAAAAGACAAAGACAGAGCUCCUAAACUCAGAGCCAUCUCAGAGGCUGGAACACAUCCUGCUCCUGAGGAAAUGUCAUCAGUGCAAAGCUCCACAGUCCCGAUUCCAGCUCCUCGCCACUCUGACGCAUGGGCUCUCAUCUUCCAGUCACCCAGAGGACCAGGAUGUUUUUAUGCUUUAGC